AUGCGCGGCCAGUCGAGAUUAAUAGCCUCCCUGCUUGUGCUAACGUGUGCAAGUUCUGGUGCAUGGGCCAACAGAAAGUUCAAUAUCAAUGAUGAUCUUCUAGCAUUUCCUCAGUUCCGACUCCAUUUCCCUGAUGGCUACAUUCUCGAUUCUCAGGCGCGCGCCUUCCUAGAGCAAACUCCGCAUAGCGGCUCCUUAGCCGCUGACAAGAGAGACACCCACGAACAAGCUCCGUUAAAAGACAAUACUUACGAUCCGAUACGGGAUGCGUCAUCUGGGGAUGAUGUCACUCUUUCCUACGAGGAGUUGGUUCUCGAAGAUCAGCGAUAUCUCUGCCAGAUCCCCGUGGUAGAAGACAGUGAUGGCAACCAAACGAAGCCUGAGGUCAAUGAAGACGAGGAGCGUAAAGAACUCGCGCGUGCAACAGACCGUGGCCUGGAACUCCUACGGGAGAUGGAGGGCAGAUGCCUUUACUACAUCUCGGGUUGGUGGUCAUACUCGUUCUGCUACAAGAACCAAGUCAAGCAGUUCCAUGCGCUUCCAUCUGGUGCCGGUAUCCCUAAUUACCCACCCAUUGAGGACCAAACUACUCAUUCGUUCAUACUGGGCAGAUUCCCCCGUGAAGAUGCCCGGGACGAGAGAGAAAGUGAUGCAAAAUCGGGACAGACGACCACGGACUUGGCGGAGUUACAGACAAGAGGGGGAUCACGCUACCUAGUCCAACAUCUUGACAGCGGCGACCAGUGCGAUCUCACGGGAAAGGACCGGAAGAUCGAAGUUCAAUUCCAUUGUAACCCGCAGUCAACAGACCGUAUCGCCUGGAUCAAGGAGCUUCACACCUGCUCAUAUUUGAUGCUUAUAUAUACACCCCGCCUAUGCAACGAUGUUGCCUUUCUACCACCCGAACAAGAGGAAGUUCACACCAUCGAGUGCCGUGAGAUUAUCACUCCAGAUGAAGUCCCAGACUGGGAGGCACUGCACGAAUACUACUUGUCUCAAAAGCUGGUUGACGCCGCCGAAACGUCAGAAUUUCCGGUAAUUGGGGGAAUUGAAGUUGGUGCCAAGCGGUUAGUCGGAUCUGAAGGCAAGCAAAUUGAAAAGGGCCGAGUGGCUUCCAUCGGCGAGGAAAAGGUGGACGUGAUUGCGAAACGGGUGAACGGCGAAGUACAAUUCUUGUCCAGGGAGGAGCUGAAGAAGUUUGACCUAGACCCCGAGAAAGUCGAGUCCUUCAGGAAGAAAUUAGAAGAAUGGGCAAAGGGCAAGGAUUGGACACUGGAAAUCGUUACAGGCCACGGAGAGCGUUCCUCUCUUCGUGGGGUAAUUGAUACAGAUGAUGAUGAGGAUGAGGGAGAGAAGGGGGAGCUAGACGAUACACAGCAGGCGGGCGAUGCAAAUACAAAAACCAACAAGAACAAGGGACACGGGCAGCGUGUUGACCACCAGGAAGAGAGGGUGGUAGGGCACGAGCAGGAGGAUGAGCGGGGGUCAGACAGGAGUGAAGAACCAGCAUCAGAGGACAGAGACGUGGAUGGAAGCGAGGAGACUUUCAAAGACGAAUUGUAA